CUGGUAUAGUGUGUUAUAAACACAGAAAGCAUUCAGCAAAUCUGAGAAUUGAGUAGCAGCAGAUAUCUUUCAUAAUUAUUUCUGCUUUUUACUCUUCUUGCCUCUGUUUUUGUAUUUUUUUGCUUCUGUCUCCUUUACUUCCAAAAUGAAUCCCAAAUAAAUACCUUUUUUCAGCACUAUUGUAAUUCUGGAUUAUUGGGUAUAUUGGAAAGUUGAUAUUUUAUAAACAAGCUUUUACUGUAUCCCAUUAGUUCUCAAAGUGUGAUUCAUGGAUCUUUGAGGGACUCCACAAGGUCAAAACUGCUUCCAUAAAAUUAUUAAGACAUUACUUUCCUUUGUCGGUAUGUUGAUAUUUGCACUGAUGGGGCAAAAGCAGUCAUAGGUAAAACUGCUGAGGCCUUAACAGAAAUCAAGGCCAAGCCUCCGAGUGGUUCUGAUAGUCAUUAUAUUCUUACAGUUUAACCCAAGAAUGUCCUAGAUGAAGGAAUAUAAAGUAAUAAUUUUAUUAAACCCUGUCUGGUGAGUAGAUGUCUUUUUAAUAUUCUAUGAAAUAAAAUGGCAAGUACCCUUUGCUUCAUGCUGAAAGACAGUGGGUAUCUCAAUGGAAAGCAUUUACCAAUUGCUUUGAGUUGUUAGCUGAACUAGUCUUUUUUCACAGAACACCGUUUUUACUUGAAAGAAUACCUGAAUUACAAGCUAUGGUUAUGUAGACAUAGGUAUUUGGCAGGCAGUUUUUGAAAAGUGAGCAAAGUGUUAAGGAAAACAACUGACAGUGUUUAUUGCUGGUGAUAAAAUUCUAGUUUUUGGAGGAGAACUGGUGUCCACCACUGUGAGUUUGACAACUUCCAGAUACUUAAAGAUUUUUCUAAAGCGACCAGUGGUUACAUUAACAAAUGUGAUUUUUCAGUAUGGUACCAUGAAAGGUGUCAGCAUUUGGAAGAUAGCAUUACUCAGUGACCCAAUACUUUGCAAAUGACCAGUGUACAACGUUAUAAAAUAAUGUGUGUUAGAAGUCCGAUAAAGUGCAAGAUAGACCAGGGGAUUUUAAUGUAACAGGGUACCAAAAGUUUAUUCAUAAAUGGUUUCAGAUUCCACAUUGUAACUAACCUUUAAGAAACUACCACCUAUCAAGUUUGGGUUUAGCAUCAAAGGAAAAUAUCCAUAGUAAUCUGAAAAGGUUAUUAAAAUAACUCCUUCCUUUUCCACCUGUGUAUCUGUGUGAGGCUUGAUUGUCUUCAUAAACUUAAAAUAUACUGUAGUAGAUUAAAUGCAGAAGCAGAUAUGAGAAUCCAGCUGUCUUCUAUUAAACCAGAGAUUCUCACAAAUGUAAAACAACAUUAAUCUUACUAAAUCUGAGGAGAAUAUAAUUCUUUUUCAUGAAAAUGUUAAUUACGCUAGCAUACAAUGAGUUAAUUUUUUAAAUAUUUUCUUAGUUUUUAUUUUCUAAUAUAGUAAAUAUCAAUAGAUACAACCCACAUAAACAAAAGCUCUUUGGAACCCUCAAUUUUUAAGGGUACAGAGGUAUCCUGAGUUUAAGAAAUGCCGCUGUAACCUGUAUUAUAGUCCCCACCUCAUAUUCUAACUACUACUACUGUUAGUUACUUGGCAGUGUGGGGAUAAGCUACUAAAAACAAAAUUGCUUCCAACCCAGAAAACCUCUCCACAAAAAUAGAAGAGGAAGAAAAGUUAUAUUAUUGAGUGUGCUUUAAACCAAAAUGUGAUGCAUCACAGGCAGUCUGCUAAAGAGAUGGCAAAGAUAGACAGAAACCUUACCCCUUGUGUAGUUAAGAGGGAUAGUGGAUAAGAGCUAUGCUAACCAAAAGAUCGACAGUUUGAAUCCACCAGGUGCUCCUUGGAAACUGGGGGGCGGUUCUCCUCUGUCCUACAGGGUCACUAUGAGUUGCACUAGAUGUCAGCGGGUUUGGUUUUUGUUGUUACUGUUCUUAGUGAAGUAGAUAUAACCCAUUACAUUCAUGUUUAAGAUAAAAUUGCUAAUUUCCUCCCAGGAAACUAGGAGUAAAAACUAGGAGUAAAAAAAGGCUGUGAUAUUCCUUCAUGAUUACGUUUCAAAAGAGAUGAGUCCCAAGUCCUUGAGGAAAAAUCCUUGGCGUACCUACUUUUCAAAGAACAGAGAAAGACCUUACAAUUACAAAUUACCAAAAGUGAAUUCUGGACAGGGGAGUCUCUUCUCUUAUUUUCAGCAGGGAAAAUUAAAACCUCUUGUUUUCAAUUUCUGUUUGUCCUUACACCAGUCAGGCUGUGGUGAUGCCACUUGGUUUAGUGCAGUUACACAUAUUUAGAUGGAAGGUAGGCGUCCCUGGGUGGCGCAGGCAACCCUCGCUGGCUGCUAUCCAGAAAGGAGGUGGUUUGAUUCUACCCAGAGGCACCUCAGAAGAAAGGCCUGGCGAUCUACGUCCAAAUAAUCAACCAUUGAAAACCCUGUGAAGCACAGCUCUACUCUGACCCAAAUGGGGUAUCCAUGAGUCAGAAUUGAUCCCAUGCAACUGAAGACUCUAGUGUUCCAGAAACUCCAGAAGAUGAAAGAAAAUUCUGAGCCAUCUGAAGAUGAAGAUUCCCAAGGCCAUCCUACCAUGGCAGGUAGAAAGAAUGAUAUCUCAGAAUUGGAAGCCCUUUCGGAAUUGGAAGACCUUAAAGAUGCUAAACUUCAGACCUUGAAGGAACUUUUUCCGCAGAGAAGUGACAACGAUUUACUUAAGUUGAUUGAAUCAACAAGCACCAUGGAUGGAGCAAUUGCUGCUGCCUUGCUGAUGUUUGGUGAUGCAGGUGGUGGACCCAGGAAAAGAAAAGCAUCUUCUUCUUCAGAGCCAUAUGAGGAUGAUGAAUUUAAUGAUGAUCAAUCUACCAAAAAGAAAAGGCUAGAUAACGGAGAAGAAUCAAAUGAGUCUGCAGAAUCUAGCAAUAAUUGGGAAAAGCAGGAAAGUAUCGUAUUGAAAUUACAAAAGGAAUUUCCAAAUUUUGAUAAACGGGAGCUAAGAGAAGUACUCAAGGAACAUGAAUGGAUGUACACAGAAGCUUUAGAAUCUUUAAAAGUGUUUGCAGAAGACCAAGAUAUGCACUAUGCCUCACAAAGUGAGGGUCCAUAUGGAAAAGAAGUUUCCUCGAGGAGUCAAAAUUAUCCUAAAAACUCAGCUAAAACAAAGCUGAAACAGAAAUUUUCCAUGAAACCACAAAAUGGUUUUAACAAGAAACGUAAAAAAAAUGUAUUUAACCCUAAGAGAGUUAUUGAAGACUCUGAAUAUGAUUCAGGUUCUGAUGUCGGUAGCUCACUUGAUGAGGACUAUAGUAGUGGUGAAGAAGUGAUGGAGGAUGGUUAUAAAGGUAAAAUUCUUCACUUCCUUCAAGAUGCUUCAAUUGGUGAACUUACUUUGAUUCCUCAGUGUUCUCAGAAAAAGGCUCAGAAGAUAACAGAACUCCGGCCCUUUAAUAGUUGGGAAACUCUGUUCACAAAGAUGUCCAAAACUAACGGCCUAUCAGAAGAUUUGAUAUGGCACUGUAAAACACUGAUCCAAGAAAGGGAUGUAGUUAUAAGGCUUAUGAACAAAUGUGAAGACAUUUCAAAUAAAUUGACAAAACAAGUUACCAUGCUCACUGGAAAUGGAGGUGGAUGGAACAUAGAACAACCCUCAAUUCUAAACCAAAGUUUGUCACUCAAGCCCUAUCAGAAGGUUGGUUUGAAUUGGCUGGCACUGGUACAUAAACAUGGACUUAAUGGCAUUUUGGCAGAUGAAAUGGGCCUAGGAAAAACUAUUCAAGCUAUUGCAUUCCUGGCAUACCUCUAUCAGGAGGGGAACAAAGGUCCUCAUUUGAUCGUUGUUCCAGCAUCAACUAUAGAUAACUGGUUAAGGGAAGUUAAUUUAUGGUGCCCAACUUUAAAUGUGCUCUGUUACUAUGGUUCUCAAGAAGAACGUAAACAAAUUAGAUAUAACAUUCAUAGUGGAUUUGAAGAGUAUAAUGUAAUUGUGACCACGUAUAAUUGUGCAAUUAGCAGCUCUGAUGACCGUAGCCUAUUUCGACGCCUGAAACUUAAUUAUGCAAUUUUUGAUGAGGGCCAUAUGCUGAAGAAUAUGGGCUCCAUCCGCUACCAGCACCUUAUGACCAUUAAUGCAAAUAAUCGUUUGCUGCUCACAGGCACACCUGUACAGAAUAAUCUGUUAGAACUCAUGUCGCUGUUGAAUUUUGUUAUGCCACACAUGUUUAGUAAUAGCACCAGUGAAAUACGAAGAAUGUUUUCUUCUAAGACAAAAUCAGCAGAUGAGCAAAGUAUUUAUGAAAAGGAGAGAAUAGCACAUGCGAAACAAAUUAUAAAGCCGUUUAUUCUCAGAAGAGUAAAAGAAGAGGUUCUCAAGCAGCUACCUCCCAAGAAAGACCAGAUUGAAUUGUGUGCAAUGUCAGAGAAGCAGGAACAACUCUACCUGGGUCUUUUUAACAGAUUGAAAAAAUCUAUCAAUAACCUGGAAAAAAAUACAGAAAUGUGCAAUGUCAUGAUGCAGUUGAGAAAAAUGGCCAGUCAUCCUUUAUUACAUCGCCAGUACUACACAACUGAAAAACUCAAGGAGAUGUCUCAGCUUAUGCUGAAGGAACCUACACAUUGUGAGGCUAACCCUGACCUGAUCUUUGAAGAUAUGGAAGUUAUGACAGACUUUGAACUACAUGUACUUUGUAAACAGUAUCGACACAUUAAUAACUUCCAGUUAGACAUGGAUUUGAUUUUAGAUUCGGGAAAAUUCCGAGCUUUAGGAUGCAUCUUGUCUGAAUUGAAACAGAAGGGUAAUAGAGUUGUAUUAUUUAGCCAAUUUACCAUGAUGCUGGAUAUUUUAGAGGUUCUCUUAAAACAUCAUCAGCAUAGGUAUCUCAGAUUAGAUGGAAAGACUCAGAUUUCUGAAAGGAUUCAUCUAAUUGAUGAGUUUAAUACCGAUAUGGAUAUCUUUGUGUUUCUGCUGUCAACAAAAGCUGGUGGACUAGGGAUAAAUCUGACCUCAGCAAACGUUGUUAUACUUCACGAUAUUGAUUGUAAUCCUUACAAUGACAAACAAGCAGAAGAUAGAUGCCAUAGAGUAGGCCAGACUAAGGAAGUACUAGUUAUAAAAUUGAUAAGCCAAGGGACGAUCGAAGAAUCCAUGCUGAAAAUUAACCAACAAAAAUUGAAAUUAGAACAAGAUAUGACCACAGUAGAUGAAGGUGAUGAAGGGAGUAUGCCAGCAGAUAUAGCUACAUUACUAAAAACUUCAAUGGGCCUGUAAAAUUGUGAGUCCUAAUCAGCGAGGAAGUAUCAACUUGGUGCACUCAAGGACAUUUCUAUUGUGAUGACCAUGGGGUUUAUGAACAUUUAUAACUUUUUAUAAUUUCCAUAUUGCAUUUCUCAUAGUAUGGACAACUUUUUUGCCACUAACUGAAUUCUUCAGAUUCUCACACAUGAAAUUUCAAAAAAAAAGCCACAAAUAUGUAGUCCCUAAGAUAUUGAAUAAUCAUUUUACAAAGCAGUUUCUGAAUGGGGAUUAGUUGGUGAUUGUUUGUAACAAAUAUGCUAAUGCUUUAGAAAUGUCAGUAUUUUUGUAAUUAUUUCUACCUCCAAAUAUAUAUAUAUUGUCUUUCACUGGAUAAUGUGUGUAGAUUUUUACAUGUGCCUUAUUUGACAAUGCUUAUGUCUUGUUUUUGCUUGUCUCAUUUGAACUUCUUUUUGAUUAUGUUAGUUUAAAUAAUGCGGCUGUAUAGAUUAUAUAGCUUUAGUUUUAUUGCUAUUUGAAGCAGAUGUUCACCACUGUCAACAAGAACUCAACCUGAAUUUAAAGGUGGCAAUCCAUAUACUGACAUCCCCCAGGUCCUCUCAAGCACUUCUGUUAAAUUUGUUUGGCUCGGCACUAAGUUGUUUUCCAGUGAAUAGUAACUAAAGAAGACCUUCUCUUGCUCCGUGGAUUAAUUCCUUCUGUUCAUUUUCCAGGUGCACUUACUGUGCUUAUUAGUCUGCCUAUUCUAUUCUUGUGCAUGUUUUCAUUGAUUUCCCUCCCCUGGCUUUUGCUUCUCUUAAAACUGUUGCCCAGUCACUUCUGCUCCAGUUCUCUCUAAAUAAUAGCCCAUUCCUGCCACAUUUCAUGCAUCAGCAAAAUGUAUGUGCCAUUUUUCUAACUUGGCAGAACAGAUUAACUAAAGCAAUUUCAUUUCAAAGCAGACUGAAUGUGACUUUGUAUUAAGGCAGCAUUAGGUACUGCAUGGAAAUAGGUCAUUAACUUUAAACCCUUAUCAAAAUAUAAUUUACCAGUUUCCAGAAUUUCCAGUACAGGACCUCCUAAAGAGAGAGCCAUUGUUCAAUUCCAAUUCAGUGUGGGUGACAAAGUGAAAUUUAGAGGUAAAGUCGUCUAUUUGAUAUUUAACUCCUUAUUAAAUCUUUCUUUACAUUUUUGCCUGUCAGUCUAUAUUGCUGUUUUUAUUAUACAUCAGUUUCUUUGUAUAACUUGUGAGUUUUACGUGUUUUGUUUUUAUUAUGUAAAUAUCAGUAUAAAUAAACUUAUUUAUAAAUCAAA